UCGAGGGAGACGCGUCCGUCUUCCGUGUUACGUACACGCAUAGUAUCAGUCAUACGCACGUUGUGUCUCUCGCGCUCCUAGGAUUUCCAAGGCAGUUUCCGAUCUGUGGUGCCUAUUUUACAUACGUAUACACGCGCAGAGAGAAAGAAAAAGGAGAGUCUCGAUACUCUCGGAAACGACCUCGUGCACGCGGUACACGAGGCCUUCUCGGACGAAAACGGAACACGCGUUUGCCAACACACAACGUAAACGGAUAUUUAAACGUGUCGGCGGGGAGAGAGAGAAGGAUACACGGGGGAGGGAGGGAGAGAAAGCGAAGAAAAAGCUCUCUCUGGGCCGCCUCGCCGCCGGCUUUCCACGGCCACGAAUCGAUACCACGCGACCGUCGUCGUCGUCGUCGUCGUCGUCGUCGCUGCCGCCGCCGCCGCCGCCGCCGUCGCCGCGUCGGUUGUUCGCCUCUCUCUCCCUCUCGCGAACGCGUGGUCCUUUCUUCGCUCUUUUUGGCUUUCUUCCCCUUCGUUAGUUUCGGCCCCCGGGGGGAAAGCGGAAUCGCGCCGCGCUUCCUCCGCGAGGAGGAGUGCGGAAAAACGCGGCCACGACUAGGAUCGACGCGACCGGGUGUUGUACCGCCUGCUCGCGACGCCUCAAAGUGCGCGACCCAGCUCCGAAGCCCAUCCCCGGAGAGGGACGGUAACUGGUGAUGGUCUCCUGAAGUCUGUUCCGUAAAGCGAUCGGGAGUUGUUCUCUCAGGAGGAACGGUGAUUGCGUGCGACGAGGAUCGGCAGGACGAUCGGUCGGUGUGAACUUUUAUAAGUGGCGGUUCAGUGACACGUGACGCUGUCUGUUCUCUCGUCGCGUUUCUCUCUCUCUCUCUCUCUUGGUGUAUUCUGUGACGAACGGGGUUAACGCGGCAGGUGACAUACUGCGAAGAUUCUUCACCACCAUCACCAUCGUCGUAAAAUGUAGUAAAACCGGCCGUGGAAGAAAGUUACGUCCAAUCGAUCGAAUACAGGGUGCAAAUUGGUGCGUUGGGAAACAGGGAGGCUGUGAUGAGGGAAGUCGGCUAAGAAGAGCCCGUGUCGCGCAAGCGCCGGUAGAGGAGUAUAGGAAAGAUGCCGCUUUCCUUGAGAGUCUUAUUAAGCCCGCUGCUGCUUCUAAUCAUCGCAGGAAGCACCGGCGCCUUCAGCUCCCGGCAAGGAGAAUGCUCGUUUCCAGCGAGAUGGGAAGGCAAGUGGUUCCAAAGUGGCGUGAGGCAAUCAAUAGAGAUACUCAAGAACGAGUUAUCAACCAAGGGCAGGUGCUUGCACAACGAAGGCGACAAGUUUCUUCUAGUAGAUCAAAAAUCAUGCUAUCGCUGCGUCGUCAUUCACGAGAAGCACCCCAACGUUCUUCAGUACAAAGAGACUUAUUGCCACAGUAGAAAUUCUCUGGCGUCUCUCUGCUCGUAUAUUACGGGCGAUGCGUUGCUAUACUCUAUGUUUCGCGAGGAGGCAUCUCCCGUAGCGUGCCCUUUUCGCGGACCCAUGACCUUCUCGUACAAUCGAGGCCACGGUACGUGUUCGAAUCCGCCGAGCAACGUCGACACCUGUACAGAUGACAGCAGACUUCUCUUCAAAUACCAGGCCUGUCCCGAUGUAUCCGCUUCGGAGAGUGCAGUGGAGGAACUGGAAUGCCUGGCCACCUGGAAGGAGGGUAGCAGCCGUUACUUGGUCGGCCGCCUGCAUCACGGCCACGCGUCCAGCAACGAGGAUCGAUACCGAUGCUUCGUGUACGAGAAGGCCGGCCAGACGGUGCAGGGUAACUUGAACAGGGCCGCCAUGGGCAUGGGUGCCAUGGAUCAUGAGGUCGCUCUGCCGGGCGGACCGGUGCCCGAGGGCUCCGCCGAGGUAUACCGGGUGGCACAGAGCGGCGACGCCACGUGCAACGGUCUGUUCAGUCCCAUGGAGGGCUCCCGGACGAUGACGUUGAGGAAAGUCUCGUCUCCGGGUGAAUGUCGGUUCCCGAAUUGGCUGACCGGACACUCGAGCGGCGGACUGACUUGGCACACUCUAGACCUCGGCAGAUCUUACACGUUUCAUCCCCGAAACGCUUCCUUGCACGUCGCUCGACCGAACGCCACUUCGUCAAGCUUUGAGAGCGGCUCCAUGGAUUUACAAUACGUGCCCGGACCGGAGGAUCAGGACGUGAAAAUUCUCUGCAACAGCAUAAAGCAAUCGAACGGCGCGCAGACCAUGACGAUGACAAUGCUAGUAGCACACUUCACUGUCGGCUGUCGGAGCGGUUUUAUGUGCAUGACAUUCUACCGAAGAGACGGCCAUGUGAUCGAGCUGCAGACGGGAAGUGCAGUAUCUAGACCGGAAGAAGCAUGCAGCCCGCCCCAUUUUCUACAGCACAGUAUGCCCUUCCUCACCUUAGUCACGAGUUCUCCGGAACCACGCACCUGUCCGUAUUUGGGCAAGUUUACGGUGACAGAUGUGAAUAGAAAUCAACGGAAUACGCGCGAGAGCCGCAGGGGCCAACAUCAGCAAGAAUCCCUGCCCAUUCGUCACGACGGUGAAAAAGUACGACACGCUCAAGAGAGGAACGAGGACCGGCGGGGUCGCAAGUUGGAUUACGAGGUGGAGAAGAGACGGGCCAACAACGAGUAUUUUAUCCAUGAGAGAAUGGGCCGGCGGGCGCGUUCAAAUCGCGGCGGCAAUCGGAGUCACAAAGAUUAUAGUCUGGAGGAUAUCGCCACCUCGUCGAGGAGAUCCGCCGAGCUGGAGGAUACUUUCCGAGACUUGCGAGAGCGUGCCUUGCGCUCGAAAAUCAGAAGGUCAGGUGAUCACUCGGAGCAACAUAUCGCGGAGAGUUCGCGCUCCAAGAUAAGAAGAUUGCGCGCUGUCGGUCACUUCGAGGAACACUCUUCGCAAGAGAAUGAAUACGCGAAGGUCAACAACGAAGGUGAAGAAAUCGUGGACGAGAUAAAUUCGAAAGAUAAGAUGAAUAGAUCGAGAAGAUAUCCGAUAGAAGAUUUCCGGCCGGACGAUGCGGAUACGAUUAGACGGUUCUGGGUCGUGGAAGACGCCUGGAGUUCUAGCUCGCUUCAGGUGCAGGACGAUUAUUUCGGGGAUUAUCUAGAGGCCGAAAACCCGCCGCGAAAAAGAUCCGCGUCGGACAGUUCAGCCGACAAAGGUUAUAUGACCUACAAGGAUCUCGCAAGGAUGAAGAGGGAGCUUGAGGAACGCGAGAGGGACGAGAACGUUCCGGAAAGAAGGGAGAAGAGGAACGAAGAUGACUCGAGGUGUAACUCCGAGGUGACGACCUUAACCGUGGGCUGCUCCACAGCGGACAGGAUGGAGUUUCAAAGUGACUGCGUCGACGACGACGCUAUCACCGCCUACUCUUGCCACGGUAGAUGGUUCGACGCCGAGGGCACGCAGUUCGUGAUCGCCACCCCGUUGGCGCGCAGAACAGCGUGGUCGAACAGCGAGGGCAACAAUAGAGCGCAGCCCUACAGAAACAGCCGUAGAUUGUGCUUCAUGUACAAAGAGAGCGGUGGAGUUGUCAGUUUGACUGCCAGUCCCAUAGCGUGUCAGAGGGGCAUCCCGCCGCCCGCGCCGAUGUUGGCCUUCAACGCUACCAGCACCGGUCAAUGCAUGGAAACGAAUGGCGGGCGGAUCGGCCGAUCGACGUACCUGACGAUCGUUCUGCUGAUGACGACUGCCGCGAUAUUCAGGUGAUUCUAAUCGAAAGCGCGACAAUUAAUUCAAAUCAGUUAAAAAUCGACAGUGGUAUCGAACACUCAGUGAUAAGAGUUGUAAGAGAUAUUCGCGAUAUAGUGAUCGGCCAUGACGCGACGCGACGCGAUCGAUUGAUCGAACGCCUAGGUCAAUCUAUGAGAAAAAGAACAAAGAGUGCGAUUUUAAACCGUGAAUGAGAAAGGUACGGAAGAGGAAGAAGCCAUUGACGGUUCAUAGAAUCGUGCUCGAGCUCCUGUUAGUUUUUAGCUGUCGGGAGAAACUCGCGUUCGAAGUGACAUUCUCGCAUCGUCGAUGAUAACGAAACGGGUAAGCGGUGAUGGAAAAAGAAGGAUACGAUGGAUCAUCUCGUGAAGAGUCGACGAAAGAGAUCCCAAGAAAUUAGUGGAAAUUAAUUGAAUUUCCAACGGACUUGGUGCGCGAUCGAAGAAAAAAAAGCUCGAGCGCGAGUUUUCCUUGGCGAGUAGAUUUUUUUACCGGAUGUAGCGCGUAGGCACUAAGAUUGGGCGAAGAAAUUAACGAAAUUAUUAAGCAAUUUUUAUGGUAAGACCAUAUCACAAGAUCGAUAUCGCGAUGCAGAUCUCGAUCGAGAUAUAAAGGACUUUAUAGAAUCGAUCGUUGUGAAGUUCUGUCGUUUCUAACCGGUGAAACAAUACGAUUGAAUUACUUUUUAAAACAAAGAAAGAGGGAGGACUGCACAUAUGAAAAGACUAUACCCUCGACAAGAGCAAAAAAAGCGGAAGAGCACCUAUGCGGUGCUGCUCUUCUUCUUCGCCGGACGAACGCUCAUUUCUUUGCUCAUCUUCGGGCAUGUACCCUUUCAAUAAAUACCGACUAAUUGACGAUACGCGUAAUAAUUAUAUAAGUUACAUGUAAUAUUCGCGGCGAGCGUCACGCUAUCAUCUUUCGAUGGAUCGAGUGGACUUUUGCAUGUCCUCACGAAAUCUCGCCGCCAAGGAUGAAGGAAAACUGAUGAUCGGUGAGUCGCUGGUCCUUCCUUCGGCAAGGACGAAUCAACUGAGAGUAAUAAUUGAAAGUGAUAAAUGAGAAUGAGAAUAAUGACUCUUGAAAUAUCGGCACAAUGGAAACUCCUUUAACCGAUAAGAACAAAUGUGUAAUAUUAUUUCAUCGAACCGAGAGUUUUAUAUGGAGACUCGAGAGAUUGUUAAACGAGAUAAAACUCCAUUUCUGAAUGUUAUUUGAUAUUCUUCCUCGGGGAGAUGGACUCACGGCUCACCACAUUUUUCGUUAUUCAUCCGUCGAGAGGAGUCGCCGAGAAAUUGCUCGCUGCGACGCGUCUCUUCGCGUGAUAGGCGGACGGGCGAUCUGUAUUUUCAUCUCAUUAGCAUCUCGUUAGGCGAUGCAAAUGCAAAUGAUCCGCCUAUAAUUUUAAGUUUUAUAUCCGCCGAGAAUAAAGAUCGCGUGCAAUAUCUUUAACUGUUAAAUGCACAGUGUGAUCGAUGCGAAUUUCUUUGUCUCUUAAAAGCAUUAGCUUAAUCGUGUGAUGGGAUGCGCGAGGGUGACAUUUCUUCGGCGAUCCAUGUGACGUAAACAUUAAUGUUAAGCAAUAAGCAAUAAAGAUACACAUAUAUACAAAGAUAUACACACACGCAGACACAUAUAUGCGACAGCAGCACGCUCGAGAAAAUGGUGAUAACGAGGAAGAUGUGUUUAGAGAAGCGUGAAGGAGUUAAUUCGAAGCAGGAACUCGGUUAAUUAGUUCCAGAUUUUCGCGAUUAAUAACGAUUAAUAACGACAGAUAAAGGCCGGACGUGACGAAGAUAGGACGCUACGAUAUUAUUGUAACUAAUACAGAGUCUAUAUUAUAUUAUUGUACAACCAUCUUUGUAAUAAUUAAGCCGUAAUCGCGCGUGAGUGACAAGAUAUGUAGGAAGAAAGACAUACAAAGAAGAAGUUAGGGACAUCAGAGAGAGAGAGAGAGAGAGAGAGAGAGAGAGAGAGCGUGAGUGAGAAGUAAAGUGUAUACAUGUACGAAAGGAAAAGGAAAAAGAGAACGAGUGAAUGAGAGUGAGAAUGAGAGAGAAAGAGAGAAGAGAGGGGGUGUGAAAAAAAAAAGAGCGAACCAUAGGAAAAAGCCAAUCGCUAUUUUAGCACUUUUUCAAUCACGUUGUACGUAGUUUCUACGCCACUUACAACUACUUCCGUCGGAUUUGAUUUAAUCAACCAGCGAGAUCGUCGGCGAGAUCGAUUCUUGAGAAGCGAAAUCUAACGAAUACAGCGAAGGGAGUAUCUGUCAUCGCAUCAAUCACGUGUCAUUAGUUUGUAUCCACUUUUAAUUAUCUCUCCUUUUUCCUAUUUCGAUUUCUCUCGUUUUGAAAUUCUCUCGUAAUGCUGUAAUAACAUUGAUAGAAACUUUUAUCGCGAUACGUUAUUCGCGUUAUCUCUCAGCCAAUUGUCAGGAUCAACAUUUAAUAUGUUAUUUUACGCUUACUCAAGAAUCCUCUCAGACAACGCGCUUCAUCGGGCAACACCAUCUCCGUUUCAGGGUUCUCAGAAGAGAAGGAUCGAUCUACUUUCGUUAAUAGGUAUCUCCCGGUGAUGCACCGUGAGGAUUAUUACCGUCAGCGCGCACGGUAAAACGAGAGUGACGCGAGUGACAUUUUUCACCGACAGGUAAGACUUAGGCUAUUUAGGACACUUAGCGGUAAUCACAUUAGGAGCCAUACUGUACCUAUGAGCGCAGCGUACA